AUGAUGUCGACGUAUUUUAAAAUAUUAUCAAUUUUAACGCUCCUUAUCAUUAAUCGUUCACUUGUACAUGGAUUAGCGGAAGGAAGCCGAAAUCUCUGCUACAAAAACAACAGACCCGUCAGCUGCACGCCAGGAUUCGUAAAUGCCGCAUCGGAAUUACCAGUGAUCGUUACAAAUACUUGCGGUGAGGAGGAACCGGAACCUUACUGUGUGGUGUCUGAAAGUAAUUUGGCCGAAUCCGGAUCGGAAACGAAUUGUUACGAGUGUGACGCUAGCAUUCCUGAGAAAAGUCAUCCUGCAAAAUAUUUAACGGAUAUUCAAAAAGAUGGCGCGAAAUCUACCUGGUGGCAGUCGUCCACUAUGAUGAAAAGAAUGCAGUACCCAAACAGCGUCAAUUUGACGAUUCACUUAGCACACUCUUCAUCUCUGGUUUCAUAUUCCCACAAAUUCAUCCAUCCACCGCUAUCUCCAGAUAACUUGUAUGAGGUACGAGAUGCCUGCCUCCUAUAA